CACUCAUCGCUGAAUAGCCAAGCCGUUGACAUGUCCACCAGACUAGCUGAACUCUACCAAUCCUCACUGACUUUCUGGAGCCACCUGAUUCACCUGCUGCUGCAGUUCAUCCAGCUCAGCUACUGGAGUCACACAAGAACGGUCGAAGAGGAGGAGGAAGUGCAGAAGUGCAGCGCAAUCUCGCAAACCAUGGAGGCCUUCGUGGUGGAACAGCAGGAGAGGGUGCAGCGAAAGGCCCAGGAGUACGCCAAAGUGGAGCUACUGCAUCGCCUGCUCGUCAAGCAGCAACUGCAGGAAUUGGAGCAGCGCAGACUCAUCCGAUUGGCUUUGGCCCGAAGGCGUCUGGAUUAUUCCAAUUAGACUGGCAGCCGACGGACAAUUAGCUUAUUUUAUAUAAUUUACGCUCAGAUUAUGUUUAAGUAUUUGGAAUUUUUAAGUGGCCACACACACACAAGGGGACAACUAAAAUCGCUGAGAUGGCGGAAAUUAAAGACACGUGUUUGCAUUUAUUCCUGACAGAUCAACAAAAUUCGCUUCUUCGAUCGGUCAUUAUUCAUUUUUCCCACUCGCAGCGACGCUUUCACUUUCCGCUUUCAAAGUCAGCGUUUUUCAGCAGAUUGUUUACUCAGUUGGAAUGAAACUGGGAUUUAAAUAAACACUAUCGAAGCUGCUUGAGUGGAAUUAUUAGCAAAUUUCCAAGCAAAUGAAGCGAGUGAAGAAGAUUAGGGAUCAUCAAAUACAGGGGGAUAAAGGAACUUAGUUCUAAGUAUGUUUAAUUGUGUUAAAAAGUAAA